CCCAAGUCUGAGAAUUUCUCGAUCGCCAUCCUACUAACCGCCCAAACACCACAGCCAAGAUGACGAAGGGUACCUCCAGCUUCGGUAAGCGUCACAACAAGACGCACACUCUGUGCCGACGAUGCGGUCGUCGCUCUCUUCACAUCCAGAAGCAUGAGUGCGCUGCUUGCGGCUACCCUGCUGCUAAGACCCGGAAGUACAACUGGUCCGAGAAGGCGAAGCGAAGAAAGACCGUCGGCACCGGCCGAACCCGCUACCUCAAGGAUGUGUCCCGACGAUUCAAGAACGGCUUCCAGACUGGCCAGCCCAAGGGCGCCCGGGGCAUCAACAAGGAGGCUUAAACGGGGAUACCGCAUCCCUCUACCCUCCCUUCACCACCCUCUCACCGCCCCGUCCCUCUUCUCCCCCCGCCUGAACGGAUUUUGAUAAAGAUGGUGUGCGCACCACCGCACGGGAAACUGCUCCUCUCUUGGGGAGCUGGAUGAACGGCGGAGGGGGGAAAGAAAACUCCAGGCUUGGAGUUAACCACACGGUGUUGGUGGUGGACGGAGCAGGUGUCUGGUUUUAGGUUUCGCGUGGUUGAAAGGGGCGGCUGGAGCAUGGGCAUCGGUGUUUUACAUGUUUGAGCAAGGACAAAAAAAGAGGACCCUUUUUGCUUUUCUGAGAUUCCAAUAGGGAUUCGGUCACGAGGUUCUGAAAUGGCAUCUUGAUUCUGCAUGAAAGGUGCCCUGGCGGCUGAGAGGUUCUGGUGUGUGGGAGAAUAUGAGCCACAUGUGCAAUUGGCUUGUUGUUAAUGUGUGACGAGUCUUGAUGUGCUUUCAUGAGGCUUGAGCCAGUGAUCUAUUCGUUGAUAUGGAUUUCAACCGUUCUUUUAACCCAGCCCAAGUCAGGAGUCAUGCACGCCUCGCAGCUAGUUUUAUCCAACUCUUUUGCCCC